UGCGAGAACUACGACCCCUGCUCCAUGAGGCCGUGCGUCAACAACGGAGUGUGUCUCAGCAAUGGUCCUGGCGUUAAAUUCACUUGCAACUGUUUGCAACCGUUCUACGGAGACAGGUGUCAGUUCAGAGAUCCAUGCUUCCAGAAUCCCUGCUACAAUGCAGUGAACAGCAACACCAACCCGAUGAACUUCACAUGUUUGUGCCAGCCAGGCUUCAUAGGCAACCUCUGCCAGUACUUCAACGCGUGUCUGCUAAACCCAUGUCAGAACCUUGCAAUCUGCUACUCAAACGUUAUUGACACCUUAUCGGCAUUCACGUGCCUGUGCACUGUUGGACGUUUCGGAGCUACAUGUGACAGAUUUGAUCCCUGUUCAUCCGCCCCAUGUCUUUUCGGAGCCACCUGUUUCAACUACACCGACACCAACUUCACUUGCAAGUGUGCUAACGGAUAUUUUGGCCCAACCUGUGCAUCCCGAGAUCCUUGCACUAGCAAUCCAUGCAAAAACUCCGCCUUUUGUUCCAUGUUGUUCUCAUCUCACGAAGCUAAUUCCGGAUUCAGAUGUUUGUGCAGGGAUGGUUUUUUCGGUCUUCUAUGCGACAAGUUUGAUGCCUGUACGCUUUCUCCUUGUUUAAAUUCCGGAUCGUGUAGGAUGGACGACAGUGGGGAGAGCAUCGUCAACAACUACAAAUGCCAGUGCAGUGCGGGCCUGACGGGUGCCGACUGCGACACUGAGGUAAACGAAUGUUCCAGUACCCCCUGCUUGUACGGAGGAACCUGCAUCGAUGGUUUAAACUACUUCCGGUGCAACUGCACUAGCGAUAGGACGGGAGUCAGGUGCGAAAUUGCCCUCAAUUCGUGUCAGGCUAUCCCCUGUGCUUCCGGGGCUACGUGCCUGGAUAGGGCUUCUGACGGGUACAUUUGCAUCUGCCCUCCCACAAAAACUGGCCUGCAAUGCAGUGAAGAUAGCCACCCCUGCAGUCCCAAUCCUUGCUUCAACAACGCCACAUGUUUGGCGUCAACAUCGUCGUGCACCUGCCCGCCUGGAUUCACAGGUGCCAACUGCGAGAUGGAUAUUGACGAGUGCCAGUCAAGACCAUGUUUGAACUCAGGAACCUGCCAGAACAAUGUCAACUCCUUCAAGUGCAUCUGCUUGCCUGGCUACGUCGGCUCGAUAUGCGACGUCAAAUUAGAUAGAUGUCAAUCAAAUCCUUGUCUCAAUGGUGCCAACUGCUCGUCCACGUUAGAUGGAGGUUUCACGUGCGCAUGCAAUACCGACUGGACUGGAGUCCGUUGCGAGAUUUCAGUGGAAGCGUGUAGGUCCUCGCCGUGUCGCAACAGCGGCCGCUGUCUCAACACCAUAGCCGGCUACAUGUGCAUCUGCCCUGCUGGCUACCAGGGCGAUCAGUGCCACUACGAAAUAGAUGAAUGCCUGUCUGGUCCCUGCAUUAAUGGCGCUACGUGCGUUAACUUGGUCGGCGCUUUCAAAUGUCUCUGUAUGCCAGGCUACACAUCAAACAAGUGCGAAGUUGAAAUAGAUGAGUGUCUGUCGUCUCCGUGCUCGCCUGGUUCCACCUGUGUCAAUCUUGUCAACUCUUUCAGAUGUACUUGCCAGACAGGGUCAACGGGAGUCACGUGUUACGAUGACGUCAACGAAUGCAGCAGUACUAUUGGUCAGGAAUUAUGCUUUAAUGGAGGCACCUGCGUCAACCUGUUCAGAUCAGGCUACAAAUGCGACUGCAUGCCGGGCUACAUGGGCGGAGACUGCCGAAGUGUGAUUGACAGCUGCCUCUCACAGCCGUGCCAGUACAACUCCACUUGCAAACCUGGCAUCGGGUUCUUUAAGUGCAUCUGCACUCCUGGAUUUAAAGCAGGUGAUAACUGUGGAGUUGAAAUAAACGAAUGCCUUUCAAAUCCCUGCUCGAACAACGGCACGUGUCUUGAUGACGUCAACUCGUACAAGUGCAGCUGCACUGAUGGGUACUUGGGUACUUACUGUCAGUUUGUUGGUAAGUGCUUUCGUACUUAUCAAAUUCCAGCAGUUGAUUAUUUAUUUGUUUGUUUUUGA